ACAGUCACUGCCAUACACAGGACAGGACAGUGAGGGUGAGGAUGCUGCAGGAGGAGGGGUGAGGAGAGAGAAGAAGCAGGCAUCAUUUUACAUCAAAGACCAUCAUGGAAGCAGUGAUCGUCUCCUAUUUAAUUGAUAGUAUUUAUGUAUGAUAACUUGGAACAGAGCUGUGAGCGACUUCUGACUGGAGCCUUUAUGAACAACAUGUAGGCAGGAGCUUUUUUUCAGAUCAGACAUCUGGUUGACCUAUCUGGUUUGAACUAUGCCCACAAAGAGAGAUGUGAUCAUGGGGCAUCCAAAUAUGAGGACAUAUGUGGUAAAAAUGGAGGACUCUGUGAAUGAAUGAUGGCCGACAAAACUGGUCCCAUGAUCGCCUCUGUGCAAGAUCAUUCGCUCCCCAAUCUUACCACUGCCCCCUGGGAGCUGAAUCCUACGGUUCCUGCUGACGUGGGCGUCGUCACAAGCUCCCAGUCACAGAUCAAAGACCUUUUUGGGUUGUUCUGCAUGGUGACUCUGAACCUCAUUGCUUUGUUGGCGAAUGCUGGUGUGAUGGUGGCCAUUGCUCGUGCUCCUCACCUCAAGAGGUUUGCGUUUGUGUGUCACCUUUGUGCAGUUGACCUUCUGUGCGCCAUCCUACUCAUGCCUUUGGGUAUCAUAUGCAGCUCCCCCUUUUUUGGCACCGUGGUGUUUACUGUACUGGAGUGUCAGGUUUACAUAUUUCUUAAUGUUUUCCUUAUUUGUAUGUCCAUUCUCACCAUUGCUGCCAUUAGUGUGGAACGUUAUUUCUAUAUUGUACACCCGAUGCGUUAUGAAGUUAAGAUGACCAUUAACCUCGCUAUUGGUGUCAUGCUUCUAAUCUGGAUUAAAUCACUGAUUUUAGCUUUGGUCACACUGUUUGGGUGGCCAGCUUAUGGACACCAGAGCUCUAUUGCGGCAUCUCACUGUUCUCUUCAUGCGAGCCACAGUCGUCUGAGAAGAGUGUUUGCUGUGCUCUUCACUGUGAUUUGUUUCCUGGCUCCUGCAGUGGUUAUCUUUGCCGUUUACUGUGCGGUAUACAAGGUGGCUCGUUCUGCGGCAUUACAGCAAGUCCCUACAGCGCCGACGUGGACAAAUGCAAGCCCUGCAAAGGAUCGCUCAGACUCCAUCAACAGUCAGACUACCAUGAUCACCACAACCCGAACUCUGCCCCAAAGACUAUCUCCAGAAAGAGCUUUCAGUGGGGGGAAAGCUGCCAUUACUCUGGUGUUCAUUGUGGGCCAGUUCUUGGUUUGUUGGUUGCCAUACUUCAUCUUCCACCUGCAAAUGUCUCUGACUGGCUCCAUGCAGAGUCCUGGGGACUUAGAGGAGGCAGUCACCUGGCUGGCCUACUCCUCCUUUGCCGUCAACCCAUUCUUCUAUGGCCUGUUGAACAGACAGAUCAGGGAGGAGCUGGUAAAGUUUCGACGGUGUUGCUUAAAUCAGCCUGUGGAGUUUGGGGCGUCCAGCCAAGAGGGCUCGCUUCAGGAAAACUUCUUCCAGUUCAUCCAGAGAACCACAGGCACAGCAGAAACUCGAUCCAGCUGCGCCAACUCCAGUCCCAGAAACACUAUGGACCAGGGAGUUAAAAUCCCUGGACAAAUACCUGAGGAACACACUUAGACAUUGACCAACAUGAGCUAUGGACUAUAGUGAUAAUGCGCAAGUCACAUUCGGUUUCACUUUCUCUGAGCAAGUAGAAAUAAUUCAGUGGCCGGUAUGAAUACUUUUACACGGACAUUUUAAGAUAGACUUGAAAAAAAAAAAAACGUGUACCUGUCCUUUAAAGACAUUUUAAAUAUCCAGUACCAUUAGUCGUUUAACUCUAAUAGGAUUUAUUAUUGCAGGUUAAGGUGCUCUGACUGUACUGUAACAUGAAAUUACGAAGUUGUGAUAUCUUUUCUGUGUACUUUUUCUAUUCAUAUUGCAUUUGGGCUCGUUUUAAAGUGGCAAUCUCGAUGAUUUCAGUCCUGGUUAAUUUGGUGACACCUGUAGCUACUAGUGGUGACAAGAAAUGUAGUCUAACACUUCAGGUCACAAAAUAUCUCUGUGCACCAAAACAAACGUUGCUUUAAUAAAGAAGUCAUGAUGCAUGUGACACGAGUCUGUGAAGAGCAGGAUGAAAUGAACGACACUGGUUACUGCUGAGAAGUUGGAGGUUUGCAGCCUGUCAUCUACAGCUCUUCAUCUUAAAAAAGCAAAAAAUUCUCUUAUAUUUAAACCUAUUUUCGUUCCUAUAUUUGCUGAUUAACGAUACUGACAGACACAUUGCAUGUCAUUACUUCAUAAUAAAAGUCAACUUGUGUUUGCCAAUUAAGUACUUUUAAUGUGAAGCUGCAGCGGUAGGAAAUAUUUAGUUUGUACUUGCAAGAAUCUCUGAACCCAUCAUCUCUUGUCUGUUGUCACAUAUAUACAUUGUAGAGAUCAUAGAGAUUACAUUAGCAGUAAAUGAUUUUUCUAGCAAGGUGGUGAUCUAUUACACAAUAAUGAAAAUAUAAAAAUACUGCAAAAUGUUCAUCAGUGGGCCAUUGACUGAAUCACAGUUUAUUCUGUCACAGACGUCGACUGAACAGACAUUUAUUUGAACAAAUAUCUUCAAGAUUGUCACUUCUGAGUUGUAUGUUUGCAUUUUUUAUUUUUUUUUGGUAUG